UUCCCCUUCCCUCAUUCCCACCCCAAUUUAUUACCUCGCCCCUUCUUAUUUUUUUUUUCGGUAAUAAUAAAAUCAUUUUCAUUUCUGCUGUAUAUUUGGAUAAAUCAAAUGACGAAGGAGAGGGAGAGAGAAAGGGCUACCGCCGGCAGGGAGGCGCACUAUAGAGGCGUACGGAAGCGGCCUUGGGGGCGGUACGCGGCGGAGAUACGCGACCCGGGGAAGAAAAGCCGGGUCUGGCUCGGGACCUUCGACACCGCGGAAGAGGCGGCGCGUGCAUACGACGCGGCGGCGCGGGAGUUCCGUGGGGCGAAGGCCAAGACUAAUUUCCCUCUACCUUUCGACUCUGCCGCCGCCGCCGCCGCCGCGGCGGAGGCGGCGCGCGGCAGCCCCAGCCAGAGCAGCACCGUCGAGUCCUCCAGCGCCGACCGCGGCCCCGUCGAGCUCGAUCUCACGCGCCGCCUCGGCGCGUCCACCGACGUCAGCGGCUUUCUGAAUACCGUCAAUGGGUAUGGCCACGUGUUCCGCCGUCAACCGACUGUUGCGGUCUUGCCUAACGGCCAGCCGGUUUAUUUCUUCGAACCGGCCGUGCAUCCGAUGGCGGCUUUCCGGAUGAACCGGGUCGAUAUCGGCGGUGGCGGCGCGGUGCAGGGAGAAUCGGACACGUCGUCGGUGGUGGAUGAGAAUAAUUUCGAGGGCUCUGAUGGUAAGAGAGGUGUCGGGUUUGAUCUGAAUCUUCCGCCGCCGGUGGAAUCUUGACUGUCUCCGGUCGACCGGAGGAUUAAACGGCGGUUGAAGUGAUUUUGUAAAUAUUAUUGGAAGGGGCUUAGAUUCUAAUUUUUUGCAGCUCGGAGGAAUUUCUCUAGUUGUUACAGUGAUGAUUGUACUAUUGAUUUCGGCAUUAGAUGAAAGAAGACGACGGGAAGUCUUUUGAUUUACUUAAUUUCGAUUACUCCAGAUCCGAUUUCCGAUAUUGAACUUGCCACGUGCGUGGCACGUGGUUUAAAGCCAGAUUAAUUUGAAUGUCUUUUUUAUCGGCCUGUAAUGUAUUGUCAU